ACAAGGAAGUACGUAGGCUAGCCGUUAUGGUCGUGUAUUUAGGCAUUAUGUAAGUCUAAAUCUAAAUCGAAAAAUAUGGCGAGCAAACAGGGACCUACAGUUAAACCUAAACCUCCUAAAAAGGUUCCUGUCUGGGAUGGCGUAGAAGAUACAGUCUAUGAAAACCCAGAAGCACUUGCUGGACAUGAGAGCAUGAGUCCAAGCUAUGGGAUUCCGAAGAAGAUUACAAAAAAGCGAAGCACUAGUGAUACAUCUGAAUCGAUUCGUCGUCGUUUAAGCAACUUUGAGCUUUCAAUACCGAGGCAACGUGUGUCAAGUUUUACAGAUACCGAUAGACUAUCAGAUAGCGAUAACAUUUAUGACCCGGUUGCGCUUGAUGAGGACCCACGAGACCAACAUGUCCAUCCGAUUAGACCAAUUGCCAGAGUCCAGGGCUAUAAGGUUCAACCAGAAGUCCACAACGUUGGUUGGCAAUCUGGAAGUCAUUCAGCAGGAACUCUGAAAGAAAGUAAGAGUUUUCUCGAAAAUGUAGAGUGGUUGUAUGACUCUGUUAAAGAAACACGAGAAAUGUACGAAUUAGAUGAAGUAUUAAGGGCGGUACUGUUCGAAGGCGAACUGAGGAUGUUUCGUCAUAUGGAUGUGAUUGAAGAAACUUUAUACAGGUAUAUAGCUCUUUAAUGAUGACAAACAUCACUGCAGUCUAAUUAACAUUACAAGU